AUGGUGCAAAGCUAUUUGCGCCAUGGGCCUACAGAGGCUUUUGGGUUGGUUUGCAGCGCCUCCUCGAACUCACACUACGACGGAAAGUUGGCUUACGUUCCUGCGCUCGAGGAUGUUCUGGUCUGGGAUGUCAAGAAGGGCCAGCAGCUCGCAAUGUGGCAUGAGACCGGUCACAGAGCCGAAGUCACUUGUAUCCUGCGCUCUCCGCAAAGAGACCUCUUCGCAGUGGGUUACGCAGAUGGUUCGAUACGCCUAUGGAGCGCCUCCGCUCAGUCUGUGCUCGCAACGUUCAACGGACACAAGAAGGCCGUCACCGCCCUCACAUUUGACGAGACCGGUACCAGACUAGCGUCCGGGUCGCAGGACACCGAUCUCAUCCUCUGGGAUGUCGUAGGGGAGGCUGGGCUAUACCGCUUGCGAGGUCACCGAGACCAGAUUACUGCAAUCCGUUUCGUUCGGCCUACUGCGGAGUCUGCGCCAUCUACUUCUACCGGAAUUGCUCCUGGCUACCUCUUGACCGGCUCCAAGGAUACUUUCCUCAAGCUUUGGGACCUCUCUACGCAGCAUUGUAUCCAGACCAUCGUCGCGCACCGGUCAGAGGUCUGGAGUCUUGAUCUUAAUCCUGAGCAAGAGCUGGUCUUCACCGGGAGCGGGGAAGGAGAGGUGAAAGCAUGGAAGAUUGACCAUGAGGCACUAGCGGAGGGUCUACGGGAGACUGAGUCUGGAGAGGUCACGAGGUUCAUCCAUCCGGUAACUACGCUCCCGCUAGCGUCGGCGCACCGGGUCUCGCAAAUCACCUUCCACCCCCACAAACCGUACCUCGCAGUCCAGUCGCAUGACAAGUCCGUGGAAGUGUUCAGGAUACGCACAGAGGAGGAAAUCAGGAAGAAGCAAGCCCGGAGGCGCAAGCGUGCGAAGGAAAAAGAGCAGGAGAAGAAAGAGAAGGGAAAGAAGAAGGACGACGAUGCGGACAUGCAGAGGGACGAGGAAACAGAGGAACUGGCCGACCUCUUCCAGCCGUACCUGAUCGUGCGGGCCAGCGGCAAGGUCAGGUCAUUUGACUUCGGUGGGGAGGAAAACGGCGGGAAGGACAACACGCAGCUGUUCGUCGCGCUUUCGAACAACGCGUUGGAGGUGUACAACAUUCCCCCACCCACGAAGUCGAAAGAUGCCACUCCGGAGGCUACCCGCGUGUAUUCUGUUGACCUUCCUGGGCAUCGGACAGACGUCCGUACGCUGUGUCUGAGCUCUGACGAUGCGCUCCUCGCCUCAGCGUCCAACGGCUCGCUUAAGAUCUGGAACAUGAAGACGACCGCGUGUAUACGCACCAUGGAUUGCGGGUAUGCAAUCUGCAGCACUUUCCUGCCAGGAGACCGUCAAGUUGCGGUGGGCACGAAGUCCGGCGAAAUACUUAUCUAUGACAUCGCGUCCUCCUCGCUCGUCGACACUGUCCAGGCGCAUUCGGCCACUGUAUGGUCUAUACACGUUCGUCCGGACGGUACCGGCCUCGUCAGUGGGAGCGCAGACAAGGACGUGAAGUUCUGGGACUUCGAGCGAAAACCGGCCAAUAGCGACAACCCCCGCAGCAACAGCAGCCUCCUCACCCUCGUCCACAUCCGCACGCUCAAAAUGACCGACGACGUCCUCUCCGUGCGGUACAGCCCGAACGGCAAGCUCCUCGCCGUCGCGCUGCUCGACUCGACCGUCAAGGUGUUCUACCAGGACACGCUCAAGUUCUUCCUCUCGCUGUACGGGCACAAGCUGCCCGUGCUCUCGAUGGACAUCUCGGGCGACUCGAAGCUGAUCGUGACGUGCUCGGCGGACAAGAACGUGAAGAUCUGGGGGCUCGACUUCGGCGACUGCCACAAGAGCAUCUUCGCGCACGACGAGAGCGUGAUGCAGGUCGCGUUCGAGCGGAACGACACGCGCGAGGGCGAGACGAAGCCGUCGCACUACUUCUGGACGGUCGGCAAGGACAAGCUGUUGAAGUACUGGGACGGCGACAAGUUUGAGAACAUCCAGAAGCUGGAGGGCCACCACGGCGAGGUGUGGGCGCUCGCGGUGAGCCACCACGGCAAGUUCGUCGUCACCGGCUCGCACGACAAGUCCAUCCGCGUCUGGGAGAAGCUCGACGAGCCGCUGUUCCUCGAGGAAGAGCGCGAGCGCGAGCUCGAAGCCCUCUACGAGGCCGGCAUCGCCGACACCCUCAACCGCGACGACGCGCCGAUCGGCUCCGGGGCCCCCGGCGCGGACCCCGCCGCCCCCACGGCAGAGACGACGGCGGUCUCGAAGCAGACCGCGGAGACGCUCAUGGCCGGGGAGCGCAUCAUGGAGGCGCUCGACCUCGCGGACGCGGAGCGCGAGACGUUCCGCGCGUACGAGGAGGCGCGGCGCAGGGGCGGCCUCGCGGGGACGGUCGCGCCGCCGCCGCGGAACCCGGUGCUCGCCGCGUACGACGUCGGGCCCGAGGAGUGGGUGCUGCGCGUCGUGGAGAAGGUGCCGGGCGCGGCGCUGCACGACGCGCUGCUCGUGCUGCCGUUCGGGAAGGUCGUGAGCCUGAUGCGGUGCCUGAACGUCUGGGCGCAGCGGGAGUGGAGCCUCGUGCUGACGUCGCGCAUCGUGUUCUUCCUGCUCAAGACGCACCACCGGCAGAUCGUCGCGAACCGCGUGAUGCGCACGGCGCUGAUCCCGCUGCGGCGGAGCCUGCGCGAGGGCCUGCGGCGGCAGCGGGACGCGCUGGGGUACAACCUCGCCGCGCUGCGCUUCGCGCAGCGGCAGAACGACGCGCGGCGCACGGCCGAGUUCUUCGAGCGCGGCGACGGGGCGCUCUCGGAGGAGCAGGUGCGCGAGCGGAUCGCGGAGGGCGCCAAGAAGCGCAAGCGGGUGAACGUCAAGGCGUGA